AUCACCUGCUCCUUUGGUGCUCUUUGGGUGCGUGCAUCGUUUUUCACGAGAUUGUGUAUGCCCUUGUUCUUGUCCUAUCACUCACGUCGACUUUGUUGCUGUAAAUCGCUAUCAAUCACAGCAUCUUCCGCAACGGAAGCAAGUUCGAGCCGUUUCUUUCGCGAAACGCCUGUUGUUUUAAGAUCGGUAGGCGGUUACGUGUGAAAGCUGCAGCAGUUUGGUGUAUCCGACUUGAUCCCGUGCUCCACCGUUCGGGCGGUUGAUGGGCGGUUGCCCGUGCAUGGGUGCAAACUAGCAGCAAAUAUCAGCAGCUGUCUCCCGCGCAACAGGAAUACCGCGAACUGUGUUGCCGUCGGUGUGCAUCCCCGUCAAAUAGCGCAUCAUCAUCAUCGUUGCGUUCGCGUUGGCGCAUUAUCAUCACUAAACCAUCCUGUCGUCCUUGCAAUCUUGGGCAUAGUGUUGGUUGCUUGCUUGCGAAGCAAGACUGCUGAAGCAAAACCCUAGAUUCUUAGGCUGGCCCGAUUUCCAGCAGCAGUCCAGGCAACAUUUCAGUUCCGGUUAACAAGCGUGCCAUCGCGUAAAAGUGCCGUACGGUGAAGAUGCUAAAUGUCUUGUAGAAUUCAUAUCGUAUUUAAGAAAAAAUUGAUGACAUAAAUCAUUUAUGUCUACCAGCUUCCCAUCGAAUCGAUCAGUGUGAAGCUCACCGUCAGUAUGUUGUUUGAUGUGAUUGCUUUGAUUUAGCUUAAAUGUAAGCAAUUUGCAAAUCCCCGUUGAUAGUGAAGCAAAUCGAUCUAGUGUUUCGGUGUGUUCGUUCCAAAGUGCGCCCAGUGUGGCAUGGUUGUGUAUCGGUAACGGUGUUUACCAGCAGAUAACAAAAAAAACCCCAUCGAAGCUCGCCUAAUCUCCGGCUGGUUGAAUCUGGUCGCCCAGUGUUGCUCACUGUAGAAAAUUCGUAUUUUCAAGCAGAGAACUAGGUCAUCGACCGUAUCCGCUGGGGUGUAAAUACGGUCCAGGUGCUGGUAGCGCAUGUAAUUAGCCUGGCCAGCCCAGCUGUUAGAAAGGGUAACUGCGGUGUAACUCUUUCACCAGUGCGAAGCGGAAGAUAGUGCCCAGCAAGGACAUCCCGUCAGCGGCAACAAACGCCCCCUGGUCGAAGGACACACGCUCGAUAUCGUCCACCUUCCUUGUUUACGCUUCAAAGCUGGAGAAUGCCGCUAGCCAACUCGAUCGACCCAUGGAGAGAGAAAGUCCCAAUCAGUAUCGUCGGUAUCGAGCGCACGGAGUGUCUAACUCGAUUUCAGGGCUCCGGAUAGUUUCUUCAUCGUCGCAGGACAAUGUAGAGAUGGUUAUCGACGAUAGCUACGAUCCGGAGCAGCACUCAGCACAUGACCACCGCCAUGCCCAGCAUCAGGAGCAGCAGCAACACCAUCAGACGGUGCUAGCACAUCAACAUCAAUACCAUCCACAUCAGCAUCAUCCUCAACCGCAUCAGUACAACCGGCAACAGCAUCCGGUACCGGCGGCCGGAAUGGUUACCUAUCUACCGCAGCAUCCCGCAAACGAUCAGCAGGAAGUGAUGUUAGAUGGAGCGGUUGGUGUUGACGGUACCUAUCGCUAUCAUCAUCGCGAUUCACCCGAAGCAGGAUUGGUGGUUGGAGCGGUGGAAGCGAUGGAUCUCGAGAUGACCGGUGGUGUCGAUGGUGUCGGUGUGGGUGAUCUGUCGCAGUUAAGAGGCGAUGCCACGUAUGCCGGUACCGGUGGUGGAGGUAACAGUAGUGACGAGCACGAGAUCGAUAUCAAGGAUAUCAUACGGGAAGGGCAUGAAAAAGCGGAUCCAUCACAGUUCGAGCUGCUAAAGGUGCUCGGCGAAGGAUCCUUUGGGAAGGUGUUUCUGGUGCGAAAGAUUGUCGGCAUCGAUGCUGGCACGCUGUAUGCCAUGAAAGUAUUAAAGAAGGCAACGUUGAAGGUUAAGGAUCGCGUGAGGAGUACGAACGAACGGAACAUUCUGGCAGACGUUGGUCAUGCAUUUAUCGUUAAGCUACACUAUGCCUUCCAGACGCCCGGCAAGCUGUACCUUAUACUGGACUUCUUACGCGGCGGUGACUUAUUUACGCGCCUGAGCAAAGAAGUGAUGUUCACCGAGGAAGAUGUUAAGUUUUACCUGGCGGAAUUGGCCUUGGCGCUAAACCACCUGCACGGUAUUGGCAUCAUCUAUCGCGAUCUAAAACCAGAAAACAUUCUUCUGGAUCAGGAUGGUCAUAUAGCUUUAACGGAUUUCGGACUCUCGAAACAACCGCUGGAUGGUUCGAAAACGUACAGCUUCUGUGGUACGGUUGAGUACAUGGCACCGGAGGUUGUCAAUCGCAAAGGUCAUACGUUCGCUGCGGAUUGGUGGUCUUUCGGCGUGCUGAUGUUCGAGAUGCUGACGGGAAAUCUGCCAUUCCACGGUAGCAACCGUAAUGACACAAUGAAUCAGAUCCUCAAAACGAAACUCGGCAUGCCAGAAAACUUGAGUCCGGAGGCGCAAAGUUUGUUGCGUGCCCUGUUCAAGCGAAAUCCCCAGAACCGGCUUGGUGCCGGCCCAAAUGGGAUCGACGACAUCAAGCGGCACGAGUUUUUUGCCAACGUCGACUGGGAUGCAUUCGAGCGGAAGAAAGUUCGCCCACCGUUCAUACCUGCCGUUUCGAGGGACGAUGCUUUCUACUUUGAUCCCGAGUAUACGAACAAAUCUCCUAAAGACUCACCGGGCGGACCGGUCAGCGCAAGUGCAUACGAAAUCUUCCGUGGCUUUAGUUUCAUUGCACCGGGGUUGCUGGACGAACAGCCAAACUUUGCCAAUGGUAGCAACAUGAUAAUGCAACAACAGCCCGCUUCUAGGUCACCGUUUUUGAACGAAAUACCAGGCGUUAAGCCGGUCGCGUUUGGUGAUGAAUAUAGUUUAAUGCAAGAGCUUGGCCGUGGAACGUUCUCAAUCUGCCGGAUGUGUGAACAUCGCACAACAAAGAAGCACUACGCAGUGAAGAUUAUUGACAAAUCCUACCAUGACUGUCGCGAGGAAGUCGAGAUACUGCUUCGGUACGGUAAUCACCCGAAUAUCGUGACGUUGUACGGAGUGCACGAAGAUGCAAGCUAUGUGUACCUGGUGAUGGAGUUGCUAAAGGGAGGCGAGCUACUGGAUCGCAUUCUAGCGAUUCACUUUAUGCCAGAACAGGAGGCGAGUGCCGUACUGCGAACAGUCGUGUCGGCAGUCGCCUAUCUGCAUGAGCACGGUGUCGUACAUCGGGAUUUAAAACCAUCGAACUUGUUAUACGCUUCGGUGAAUCAUACGCCCGAAUCGUUGAAGCUGUGUGAUCUUGGUUUUGCGAAGCAGCUCCGUGCCGAUAAUGGGUUAUUGAUGACGCCGUGCUAUACGGCUAACUUUGUCGCGCCGGAAGUGUUGAAAAAACAGGGUUACGAUCUGGCCUGCGAUAUCUGGUCACUGGGCGUACUGUUAUACAUUAUGCUCGAUGGGAAGACACCGUUCGCUAGCACACCGAACGAUUCACCUGACAUGAUUCUAGCGCGCAUCGGUUCCGGAAAGGUGGACUUAGAAACGGGCAAAUGGCCAACGAUAUCGGAUGAAGUGAAGGAUCUGUUACGGCAGAUGCUACACAUCGUACCUUCCAGGCGGCCAACUGCCGCCCAAAUCCUGCGGCAUCCCUGGUUGUCGCGUAGUGGACCGCGCAUGAUGUACAAUACGGUCGGCACCCAACAUGCUGGCGGCGACCGGCCAAUGAUUGUGGAAUCGCAAGACACAAAACCGACAAAUGUAAACACAGAAGCCAUAAAAGGAGCGGUGCACGCAACUUUCCGUGCGAUAUCCUCGCCACAAGCAGCCAACCUGGGCCCUGUUGGGAUGUCAGAUCUUGCGCGUAGAAGAAUGGAUAAGAUGAAUCAUUCAUAAUAAGGUCAUCGAGAUGAUGUGUUUUUUUUUUAUUCGUUUGUAGGUUUCUACGCUUCACGUAAGCAUCAGGAUCCGGAUGCCGGUUGGUAACGAAUGGUCAUAUUUUGUUAAAUCUGUUAUGUUUUGUUUUGUAACUAUGUUAUAAGCUAAUGGAAGAUGACCUUUGAAUAAUUUUAUUUAUAAAACCAGUGCCAGUAACAUUUGUGCCAGGGGGGAGUAAUGUCAGCUCUAGCUAAUAGCUUGCAGCACUAAAAUUUUAACACUAAGACACAUAAGAUGAUGAAUCGUUGGGCAGCAUUUGGAAACAUCCUCGAACAACAGUUUGAUUUGAUCACUUUAAAUGGUAGACUGCUAGGGAAGAAACAUGUUAAGGGGAAAACCAGCAAAUCAAUCGUACAGUUAAACACUUUUAUAAAGUGCACUGUGGUGUAUUUAUUGUAGGAUGUUGCGUUGAUACACUGCUUUUGCUUAUUCAAUUUUACACACCUCAGUAAGUUUGCGAACAACUAAGGCUUUUAUAGUUUACUUUUGCCGCUUUUAUACUUUAUCUUUACUUACACAUAAAAUCUAUUUAAGAUGCAGUGCAAUAAGUAAAAAAUCUUCAACACACAAUAAGCUAGCAAACUUUUCUAUUGUUUUUAUUGUACCCCGUAUGUAUGAUUUGAAUCUCGUUCAAUUUAGGUGAACAAAAUCAAGUAAACAAACAGAGACUGUUCAUACAAUACCAUUGGAACACGAACAGGAAAUCAUUUUAAUUUAGUCAAACUAUACGUUCCACGAUUCGCAAACCUACACAUAGUGAACGAAAAGUAAUGACGGAUUAUUUCUAACAUAGCACCUAGCAUCAGGCGUAUAGUUCAAUUAUAGAAUCGUUUACACUACAAACCAUUGAAAUGGGCCGGUUAAACGUGCGGGCAGGGUAUAACUAACUAAACAAUAAAUUGAUCUACGUUAGGAACAUCUAGUAAAAGUCGACUAAUAAUAUACACAUACGCAUAUGCAUAUAUACUUUAAAACAAAAAAAAACAUAUACAAUCAUAUACAUAUAUCGUCGCAAGAUGGACGAGCAAGGUGGGAGGUUUGCGGUUUGCUGCGGUGAAAUGCAGCACCAAGCCCGGGAAAGGGAAGAAAACGAAAUCAUAUUUACAUUGUAUCGUGCCAUUGGGUGUAUGACAGUGGAUGUGUAACGGUGAAUUUGUGGAAUUUAACGAUGGAAAGCUAGAAGCUGCUGAAUAUAAAAUAAUCAUUGUGAUAACCUACGACAAAAAUAACGAAGGAAACAAAACUAAUAUUGGCAGGUCAGGCGAGCCUUGAUAGUGUAUUCUGGUCUAUAUUGAACAGCGAACGGUGAGCCACGAGUAGAUGUCAUCGGCUCUCAAAUAAGUGGUAUCGUACCGGGGCGGGGAAGGGUGGAGGGUGAAGGGGUGGGGGAUGCUCACAUUCAUAGAGCAUCUCCUAUUUGUCACGAUGGACAGUGCUUUGUCUAUGUACCGUUGCUACCUGAUGUGCUGUAUGUCGAUGUGUGCGUUGUGCUACAAUUGUUGCUUCCAGUGUUUCAAACAGUUUCAUUUUUCAACAUAUUCAACGUACAAUAAUGAUCAUGUAAGGUGUAAGGAUCAUGUAAGAGAAGUAGAAAGAAAGAGAGAGAACAACGGAGUGUAUGCAACGGUGUGUGUGUGCAUCAUUCGGCUUAGUCAAUAAUUCAACAAUUUUGCAUUUUUAUGAUAGACGUCGUUAUUGAGUUAUGCGAGGGGUUCACUUUUUCCCGCUCGAAACAUAUUAUUCAUCUCGUAUGGAAACAAUCUAUAAACAUAUUUGUCUGCAGAAGUAGCAGCAGUGAAAUUACAUUAUCCUUCUCAUUUACUCUAAUGUGCAUGGCUCGAAAUGAAACUUCGAACAAAGGUUCAAACAUAGUACUAACACAAUACAUCAUUGCUGGAAAAGUGAAAUUAAACAGAAAACUUAAAAAGAAAUAAAUAUCUUCCUGUAACUCCAUCCUAGCUCGCGUAAACAUGCCACAGAAAAAAAACCCGUUUCUUAAGCUCGAAGGAAAGACAUCUUAUUAAUUAUCUGAAUGGUUGACCGUGUAAAGAGAAAUAGACUAAAUACGAAAUAAAUCUGAAUAUUCAUUGGAGUACGUCCCGACUAAACGAAUACGAUAACUAAACAACAUUUAAAAAAACACUAACACACACUACAUUCUCUCAUAUAUUGAACGAAAAGAAGGUUGCAAAAUAAACACACAAAGAAAAUUAUAAUAAGUAAUAAAUAU